UAGUAUUAUAAAUAGCAACACAUAUAAUUAGUUUUGUCUCUCCAUAUCAUCAUCAAUCAAAAAUACUUCCAUCUACAUCCAUCGUUGUUUAGAUCCUUUGUUGUGAUUGUAGAGUUCUUUCUUUGUAAGCACCAGUGUACCACAAUGACCGGAGGGAAGCACCACCACCACGGCCACGUUCAGGAAGAGAACAAGCCAAUUGAUUAUGCGCGAGAGUUUAAACACCACAAGCAUAACGAGCACCUCGCCGAGCUCGGUGCCGUUGCUGCUGGCGCUUUUGCCAAGCAUGAAAAGCAUAUGAUAAAAAAAGACCCAGCACAUGCUCACAUGCAUAAGAUAGAGCAGAAAAUCGCAACUACAGUUGCAGUUGCAGCCGGUGGGUACGCAUUGCAUGAGCACCAUGAGAAGAAAGAAGCAAAGAAACAAAUGAAGCAUCACCACGGCCACCACUUCUUUUAAUACUUAAUUACUUUUUUUGAAAGGAUAUUAUGUAUUAUCUACGUAAAAUUGGGUAGCAGUGAUUAGCAACUGCUCUAAAUAAAUAAACGUCUGCGUUGUUUAUGCUCGAUUACUAGGUCUCUAGGUUUUAGUGACAUUGAUCUAGUAACAGUGAUGUUAAUCUAGUUCUUGUUUUCAUGUAAGAGUAUAUUAUUGGUUCUUUUGCAAUAUUUCUCUGUUACCAGCAUU